CCCGGGGUCAUAUGCCAUCAAAAAGCCUAAAACAACUAGCAUUCUGAUGCUAUCAUUACUCUUUCUAAGAAGUUGCUUAAAUUUAGUUGAUAGUAAAUGCAGAAAUCUCAGCGUUAUCUGUUAGCUACCCUGCUAACUAGCGUCAGUUACUAAGCUAACGUUAGCUUACCUCCGCCGUUAGCUUGGCCAUUCCUGCUGUUUUGUUGACGCCUAGCUGCAGAGAAGAAUCUGAAGCUGUCAGCCGGUGUUGGGGUGACUGAGUGAAUAUGGCCGACCCUGCACGCAUCAAACCUGAGGCUACACCUGAAAGAACAGCCUCUGCUAACGAGGAGGAUCCUAAAUCAGAGGACACUGAAGAUGCAACGUUACCUGCCACAGCUAAACCUGCAGAUGACAACAAAGAGUCGUCUUCACAAGAUCAGCCCAAACAGGAGGUGAAACCUGGGAUAGCAGCUGGGGACGAUGAGGAAGAGGGAACCUCUGGCCAACCUGCUUCCAAAAGACUGAAGGUGGAACCGGAGAAGAAAAAGGAGAAGCGGCAAAAGGUGGACGAGGAUGAAAUACAAAAGAUGCAAGUUUUGGUGUCAUCCUUUUCUGAAGAGCAGCUGAAUCGCUAUGAGAUGUACAGACGUUCUGCCUUCCCUAAGGCUGCUAUUAAGAGGCUGAUCCAGUCCAUAACGGGGUCAUCAGUGUCCCAGAACGUGGUGAUUGCUAUGUCUGGUAUAUCCAAGGUUUUUGCUGGGGAGAUUGUUGAGGAAGCACUGGACGUUUGUGAAAAGUGGGGAGAUACACCACCGCUGCAGCCCAAGCAUAUGAGGGAAGCAGUGAGGAGGCUGAAGAGCAGAGAUCAGAUUCCCAACACCAAGUACAAGAAUAUUCUCUUUCACUGAGGCACACGUGCUUUAAAUUAAAGGAGGGAGCAUGUCUGCGAUACAGAAUGCUGCCAUGGCUUGUCGUGAAGCCUCUGUAGCCAACUUAAUGUUGGUUAUUCUCUACUGACUAACCAGAGUCAAAUCAGUGACUGCAAUACUGAAGACAGACAAGAUUAAGAGGGUGUCUUACAUGAACACAACUGUCAGGUAAAUGUUUGAUGCAGCACACAGUUCAAAUGGUGUGAAAUUAUAUUGAUGUAUUAUGGUUGUAAAUACAGUAUGUUUUAUACAAAUGUUUUGUUCUUGUGCCUCAAUUAUUUUUAAGAAGCCGUUAUUUUUAGAGAGACUUUUUGGUGGGAAAACAGUAUGAUGCCUUUUAGUUCCAAUGGGUUUAAUUACAAAAAUGGUCACCUUUUUGUUUCCAUUUACAGCCACACAAGCUCACACUGGAUAUUAUUUUGAUUCUUGAAAAUGUUUGGAUCCUUUUUCAAAUGAUAAAACCUCUGGUGUGAGAAGCUGACGGCAAAACUUGACUCUUCAUCAUUCAGCUCAUCUCAGAAUUAAUUUAGUUUGUCUAACAAUACUAAAAUAAAGAUGUUUUAAGUUUUAUUUGUAGACUAAAUAUGUAGACUUUUUUAUUGAGUUGAACAAACUCUUGAUGACACCACUUAAAUAAUGAGUGAGACUUGCACUUAAAAGUUUGUAUGUUAUGACAACAAAAAUGAUUUCAGUAGAUGAUUUUCUGUUACAAGCAAACAUGCAUUUCUAUUAAACUCAGUCACAACUUGAA